AAACGAGUUGGUUAUAAUCAAGAUUUUGUGUGUCAUAUAAAACUGCUGAUCAAUUUGACAUUUUAAAUAUUUAUAACUUCCUAUUUGUGAUAGCCUACGUUCUGAUAUAAUUAAAUGUAACUUAACUUUGAAUCCUUAUGCAUGUAUGCCUGUAUGUACAUAAAUAUGAAUGUAGUUAUUUAUUUAUUUACUUAUUUAUAUUUGUUGACAAUUUAUUGUUUAUUCCAAUCACAGGACAGUUCACCUAAAUAUAUAUAAAAAAGGAAAUGAUUUUAAUUUAAAUGUUGAAAACCUGUUCAUCAUAGAAGUGGUGUAUUUAAUUCACUGUCUGAAUGUAUUGUAUUUUAAUGUAUUUUUUUUAAAAAAUACUUUAAUAAUUCCAGACAAAAAUGGAUGUCACCGGCCUACAUUCAUGUUCUUAAAAGUGUGCAUAUUCCCAUCAAAUUAUUUGUGCCUUUAGGACAAACUGGAUGUCAUGGCUGUGCCUUUACCGAAUGACAGCAGUAAUGCAGCGUUCGACUGGUUCAAUGAAUUCCAGCGCAGCUGCAUUUUGAAGAAUGGGAUUGUUCCAGAAUGGUUCCAUGGAAUCAUAUCCAGAAAGGCUGCGGAGGACAUGCUGAUGUGCAAACCUCCCGGUUACUUCCUCAUUCGUGUUGGUGAGAGCAGGGUGGGUUAUACAUUAUCUUAUCGAGCUGAAGAUCGCUGCAGACACUUCAUGAUUGACGUCUUGCAUGAUAACCAGUAUAUUAUAGUGGGAGAAAAUACACCCUUCUCUUCCCUCCAUGACUUGGUGGCCUUUCAUCGCAGAAACCCCAUUCUCCCCUACAAUGACUUGCUCACUGUGGCCUGCGAACAGGGUGAUAAAAAUAACUACGCUGAGUUGUUGUUUCCUCAAAAGAAAAAGAAAAACCCUGGACAGGUUGAAUGGAUGAAAUUUUCAACUCCAACACAUACAGUUCAUUCAAAUAUUUCUGAACACAACCCAACUCCGCCGCUCCAAAACGAAUCAUUUACGCAACCUACAAGUCCUUCUGCGAGACUGUAUCCCAGCUUGGAGACAGAAAUGAGCUCUUUGAAUCUACAGAGCACGGAUCAGCCCACAAAGCCCAUUCCGAAGCCUAGGACAUUAUUUAAAUCCAAAACACCAGCUGACGACACGCCACCACAGUUGCCACCCAGAUCAUGCUUGCCAAAUCGCGCGCAAGCCACCGCAGGCGCUGACAGAUCCCAAGGGUUGAUGCCGGUAAGCUCUGACAGACAUCAUAUCCCACCCGACACACCCGUCGAAGGCCGUUCCCAACAGAAAAACCAUCAACCAUUGAAUCCGGUGGUCAUGGGCCUGGCGCAAAUUAAGAAAAAGCUUAAAAAGAGCCGCUCCAAGGAGAACAUGUAUGAGGAGAUUGCUCAAGAUCAGGAAAAUGCAACUUUUUCUGCUUUGGAGAAUAGUAACGUCAACCCUGAGCAACUGGAGGAAAACGACUAUCAGGAAAUACUUGAAAAAUCCACAGUUAAAGGCCGUCGGGCAUCGGAUGGGAUUCCCAACUCCGCAGAUAGACAGUUACCUUUGGAGUACUUGAAUCCACCUCCUUUUGCACCUGGUUACUAGAUAAAAACAUACAGAUAGGUGGUUUUACCCUGAGCAUUUGUUUUAUUGUCACUGAAUAAUGUGAUAAUGUAAUCUCUUUGUUGUGAUGUUCUGUUUUAUUACGCUGCAUUUCCUUUUCUGACUCCACACAUUCUGAACAGAGGUUUGUAACCUGGAAAAACCUGCUGGACAUGGUAAUAUAUUAAUAUAACGGAAACAGAGCAUGUUGUGCCUGUGGGCAUGAAUUUGAAUAUAUUUCUGGAUUAUACUUCCUAAAAUCUGGCACUUUACAUAUCAGGAAAAAAAAAGCAUUGUAAAUAUUAGCUUUUUACUGCAGUUGGUCAAUAAAUGUACAGGUGAUACAAU